AUGCUCUGGCUUGACAUCGAGACAUACCAAUGGCCAAGUGAUCACACAAAAAACCGUGCCUUCAUUGAGGCAAUGGGAAAAGAGCUAACCAGCCUAGGACAAAGUUGGGGUGUGUAUAGCAACUAUAACAACUGGCAGGCAAUUGUUGGUCUUGAUUAUACUGGUAUGAAGGACAAGCAGCUCUGGUGGGCCACCUACAACAAUGAAGCGAAUUUCAACAACUUCAAAGCGUUUGGUGGAUGGACUAAGCCAAAUAUCCAUCAGUACAACGGUGACGCCAAUGGACCAUGCUCAUUCAAGAUUGAUACCAACUGGUAUCCCUGA